AUGGCUCAGGGAAGAGGCAGUGCAAUGGUCGUUGGAGUAGCAAUACUCUGUCUCUUGGCUCUUACUCAGCCUACUUUUGCCGCUAUUUACUCUGUUGGAGGUGCUGGUGGCUGGACUUAUAAUGUCCAAAAUUGGCCUAGAGGCAAGUCCUUUAGGGCCGGUGAUCUUCUCGCAUUCAACUAUGGGAGGACUCUCCACAAUGUGGUCGCAGUGAGCAAGAGAGGAUAUGACAGCUGCAGUGCUCCAAGAGGGGCAAGAGUUUACCAAACUGGAAAGGACAGAGUGAGGUUGAGCAGAGGCCAAAACUAUUUCAUCUGCACUUUACCUGGACAUUGCCAGGCUGGAAUGAAGAUUGCUAUUAAUGCUGCUUAA